CCAUCAUGUCAGGCAUCUGCAGAGCACGUCUUGCCGAGGAGCGUAAGCAGUGGCGCAAGGACCAUCCAUUUGGCUUCUACGCUAAACCCACCAAGGCUCCCGAUGGCUCUAUGAAUCUACUGGAGUGGGAGGUCGGCAUUCCUGGAAAGGCCGGGACACCAUGGGAAGGUGGUGUCUACAAGCUUGUGAUGAUAUUCCCCGAAGACUAUCCUUCAAAACCUCCCAAAUGCAAAUUCACUCCACCCUUGUUCCACCCGAACGUGUACCCCUCGGGCACCGUAUGUCUGUCUAUUCUGGACGAAGAGAAGUCUUGGAAGCCGGCGAUUACGAUCAAACAGGUGCUUCUCGGUAUCCAGGAACUUUUGAACGAUCCCAACGUGAACGAUCCCGCGCAGAGCGAUGCUUACACGAUGUUCAAGAACGACAAGGCGGCAUACGAACGUCGUGUCAAGCAACAAGCGCGAGACCAUAUUCCGAAGUAA